GAGAGGGAGGGAAGUGGACUGAGUGAAAGUAGCGCGCUCUGUGAUUGGUCUAUUUGGCGCUCGCCAACCAGGAAGUUUGAAAGAGAAAGGAGGGGGUCCCUGCAGCCGGAAAGGGGGACCGUGAGCAACGACAGACGGGGCUGGAAUCAGGGCAGAGGAUGGCUGAAGUGGAGAUCUCAGCCCGGGCGUACGUCAAGAUGUGCCUCCAUGCAGCGCGCUAUCCCCAUGCGGAGGUGAAUGGGCUGCUUUUGGCACAGAGGCGGCAGGCCACAGGCGGGCAGCUGGAAUGCCUCUGCAUCACCGACUGCGUCCCUCUCUUCCACAGCCACCUGUCACUCACAGUGAUGCUGGAAGUGGCCCUUAACCAGGUCGAUGCCUGGAGUUUGGAGACAGAUUUGCUCCUGGCCGGAUAUUAUCAGGCCAAUGCUGGGAUUGACGACAAAAGUCCCUCGCUUCUUGCGCAAAAGGCCGCUGGGCGCAUUGCAGAGCUUUACGAUCACGCCGUCCUUAUUAUGUUAGAUAAUCACAAAUUCACCAUAAAUCCCAGAGUCCCUCCGAUAAUCGUAUUGGAGCAGAAGGAUCGGCAAUGGGUUCCCAAAGACAAAAACCUGGUCAUGUGGAGCGACUGGGAAUCCUCCCGCCACACCUGCAAGUCCCUCCUGGAAGCCAAGGCUUACUCCCAGUUGGUGGACUUCGAUGCCCACCUGGAUGACAUCAGAGAGGACUGGACCAAUCAGAAACUGAACACGGAAAUCGCCCAGCUGGUCUCGGUGGCCAAUGGCAAUGCUUAAAGGAAGCCUUUUUUUGCAGCAAAGAAAUGCAACCAGAAGCAUAGAGCAUACUGUUUGGAAAACAUGAGCAAUGCUGGUUAUAUAUCAGGUCUGGGCCAACUUGGGCCCUCCAGGUGUUUUGGAUUGCAACUCCCACCAUUCCUAACAGCCUCAGGCCCCUUCCUUUUGCCCCUCAGCCGCUUAAGCGGCUGAGGGGCAAAAGGAAAGGGCCUGAGGCUGUUAGGAAUGGUGGGAGUUGCAGUCCAAAACACCUGGAGGGCCCAAGUUGGCCCAUGGCUGAUAUAAAUGCUAGUAUUAUAAAUAAUUCAUAUGCAGAUUUGGGGUUUGUUUAUAAACUUUGCCAUUCUGAACAA